AGGAAUAUUGAAGCUGGAAAUGAAUGCGGUGACAUGGUGCAUGGACAAGAGCAUAGUUGCUGGUUGGUUCCCUUUCUGGAACAGUGCUACUGGAAACUAAUUAAAAAAUUCUCAAUUUUACAAGGAAGAUACACCGGACAUAUCUGGACUUUGUGCAAUGUCGCGCUGCUUUCCUUUUCCACCACCAGGAUAUGAAAAGAAGGCUACAGCACAGGACGUGGAUGUACUGACAAAGGAAAAGCACAGAGAAAAAAAGCAUAAAAAAGAGAAGAGGGACAAAGAGAAGAAGGAAAGUAAGGAAAAGAGAGACAAAGAAGGAAGGGAUGGAAAGCAUAAGGAAAAGAGGGACAAAAAAGAAAAACACAGAGAAAAAAAGAAAGAUAAGGACAAGGACAGAGAUAAAGAUAAGAGCAAAACCAGUGCUGCAAUUGAGAAAGACUUUCCAGGACAAGCUCAGGGUCCCAAUGCAGGUAAAUUACAUCAAAAGGAAAUCAAACCAAAUGAUAAGAAGGCUAUUUUACUUGAGGAUAAACUCACCAAACAGUUUGCCAGUAACAAUGGAGAGAAGGUUAGAGAGAAUAAUCAUUUGGCUGAGGAAAACAAGGAUUCUAAAUUCCUCCUGGAGUUGGACAAGAGGAUUAGGGAUAAUGAUGGAGGAGCUGAGAAUCAAUUGGCUCAAAAGUUUACAACUGCAGGACACAGAAAGAAUGAUGGGGCUGUUAGAUUGGUUACUAAGGGUAGUGACACCUGGCCUGAUGGUAAGGAAAGGCUUCAGGAUAAGGGCAUUGAUACUAGAAAGGUUGAUAGGAGAGGAAUCUGGGGUGAGUCCCGACCAGUUGGAAAUGCAACAGUUCAGAAUAAUGCUGGAAAAUUUCAUCCCAGGGUUGAUGAAAUGCCCAAAUCUUUGGAAAAUAAUAUUUACAAACCUUUGGAAGCAACAGUUGAAGGAAAAGAGAGGAGGGUUAAGGGGAAAAAAGAUGAUAAACAUGGAGAUAAAAAGAAAAAUAAAGAGAAGGGGAAAAAAGGACAUGGGAAGGACAAAGACAGGAGUAAAGAGAAGAAAAAGGAGGAGAAAGCAAAGGAGAAUGUUGAACAUGAAAACAGAGAGCAGCAGAAUAAAUUAAAAGAAAGCAGCAAAGCUGGUACAAUAGGUUCAAAUUCUUUCACACAGGUUUCCAGGCACAGCUGUGAGAAAUCUGCUGUUGGGGAAAAUCUCAAGAAACGGAAGGACAUUGAAUCAAAUGGAAUUAUGCAUGCAAAUGACAGUUGGCCCAGUAAGUUGCCAAAGCCCUCUCCAUCUCUCUCUCAUCUCACUGAAAAUGGGAGGAUAUUGGAACCCUGCCAAAUUUCCCUUCAGAAUACAUCUGAUAGGCUAGCAGCAGCCUCUAAUAUCAAGGUUGAUAACAAAGAACGCAAGAUAAAUGGCAUCAUCGAAGCUCUACCAUCCACAGUUUCCUCAAAAACUCCCACUCCCAUUGCUACCAUGCCAGCUCCAGUCAGUGAAGCAUCUGCAAAACCACCUCAUCCAGAUAGCAAAUACAUAAGUCAGGUAUAUUCCGUGCCCAAAGUAGAUGAGUGGUCUGAUUUUGAUGACCAAGAGUGGUUGUUUGGCAGCAGCCAUUGGCAAGGAAGAACACCUGCAGUGAAAUCUUCAGAGGUUGAGGAUACACUACAGGUAUGGGCAGAAGCUGUGCAUAUAAAGCCAGCAGAUAUUUUUGCUCUGCCAUUUGUCAUUCCAUACUGACUGAUUGUUUAGGUGGCACAUGAUACUUCAAAAAUACCUGAUCUGCUCAAGGAACCCUCUAUUUGAGAGGAACUACAGCAUCUGGAGCCAUGAAUUGAUUCUUAUUUUCUGAUGCAUUCUUUUGUUAGUUGCACACUAGCAACAAAUAAUGUUUGUCUUGAUUUUGAGUUGGUUGGAGGGAAGCAUCUGUCAUAAGUGUUUACAUGUUUGGUGUAUUGGCGGAGGCUUGAUUGGGGCAGUAGUUCUCACUUCACGCGACGACAUAGUAAUUCGUUUACAGAUUAGACUUCAUAAAGAAAGGCAGCCGCAGGUUGUGGGGAAGAGACGUGCAAGCUCGUGCAACUUUUUUUUUUUUUUAAAUAAUUUUUGCCUAGAUCUUUUCCUGGGCAGCUAGCUAGUUCUUUCUAGUUGAGAAUGAGAAUGUAAGAGAACUAGACCACAAUUUUGUUUUGUAACAUAGAAAUCCUAUUUACUAGAAUAUGUAUGAUAGAGAGGGGGGAAAGGGUCUUGGUAGUCGGAUUCAUUUAUUCGGUUUCCUGUAAAUUUUCUUGGUUAUUUCAUCAUUUUGCAAGUCCUUGCUUUCAAUGGGCAGUGUUGAGUUAAAAACUAUUACAAGGGUUAUCAUACAACCAAAGAUAUGAUUGACUUGUUUCUCAACUAGCUAACAGAGUUUACUUUCAUAUCUGUACA